CGUUUCCGGCGCGGCGCUGUGACGUGUGCUCUGGGUGCCGAGGUGUCCGGCGGUCGGCCGGGUAAGGCAGAUUGUGGGAGAUGGCGGAGUAUCUGGCCUCCAUCUUCGGUACCGAGAAAGACAAAGUCAACUGUUCUUUUUAUUUCAAAAUUGGAGCAUGUCGUCAUGGAGACCGGUGUUCUCGACUGCACAAUAAACCAACAUUUAGCCAGACCAUUGCCCUCUUGAACAUUUACCGUAACCCUCAAAACUCUUCCCAGUCUGCUGACGGUUUGCGCUGUGCUGUGAGCGAUGUUGAAAUGCAGGAACAUUAUGAUGAAUUCUUCGAGGAGGUCUUUACAGAAAUGGAAGAAAAAUAUGGUGAAGUGGAGGAGAUGAAUGUCUGUGAUAAUCUUGGUGAUCAUCUGGUUGGAAAUGUAUAUGUCAAGUUUCGACGUGAAGAAGAUGCAGAAAAGGCUGUGAUUGACCUGAACAACCGCUGGUUUAAUGGACAGCCAAUUCAUGCUGAGCUCUCCCCUGUGACAGACUUCAGAGAAGCUUGCUGUCGCCAAUAUGAAAUGGGGGAGUGUACACGGGGAGGUUUCUGUAACUUUAUGCAUUUGAAACCCAUUUCUCGAGAGUUGCGACGUGAGCUGUAUGGCCGCCGCCGCAAGAAGCAUAGAUCCAGGUCAAGGUCCCGUGAGCGCCGGUCUAGAUCCAGAGAUCGUGGUCGUGGAGGAGGUGGUGGUGGUGGUGGUGGAGGAGGAGGAGGAGGCCGAGAGCGUGAUAGAAGGCGGUCAAGAGAUCGUGAAAGAUCGGGACGAUUCUGAGCCAUGCCAUUUCUACCUUGUCUGUUAGAAAGUGUUGUAGUUGAUUGACCAAACAGUUCAUAAUGGAAAUUUUUUUAAAAGAUGGGCUUCUGAAUAAAAAUUUGUAUUUAUACAGUUCCUUUUUUUUUUUUUUUUGCAUAACUGGUUUCUUAUGGAAUAAUCUAUCAUUUCUCUGACAAACGACUGGGGUAGUAAUUGCAAUGUACUGCAGAUCAGCCAGUUUCUGCAUUGGUAUAAGAAUGAAAUUGUUUGUGUAUAUAAUAUAAAAUAUUAUA